CGCUGUUCUUUCGUCUUCCUCUUGUCGCUCUGUCGUCGUCGUGCUGUCUCCCCCCCUGGGUCGCUGGCGCCCUGCGCGCGCCUGUGUGUCUGUGUAUGCUUUCUGUGUCUGCGUCCCUGUGUGCGCGCGCGUGUCUGUAGUCGGGUUCAUGGGGUCGCCCGCUGCCUGCGUGUCAGACCCCCCCGGACUUGGGCACCAUGGCGGCGGCGCCGUCUCGGGAGCUCCCCCUCCACGGCGACUCGUGGGCUGACCUGGGCCACUGCGACAGCGACGAUGGCGGUUUCUGGGACGUCUCGCCAGGCUUCGGCGCAGCGCCCAACGUUGGGUCGUGCUUGGAGGGCAUCGUGGCCUACACGGACGAGCGUGGCGCCUACGUCGAGGUGGGCCUGGCGGCUGCAGCACUGUUGCCGUGGUCUGCUGGAGCCGCUGGUCUCCGGGCCGGGGACGAGGUGGAUGGCCUGCGCAUGUCUGGGCUCGACGCUGACACGGGCCGGCUGCUGCUGGGCCUGCGCGAGGACGACCCCGAGCCCGAAGGGGUGAUCGCGGCCCCUUGGCGGGCCAGCGCGGGGGCCGCCGCCGAGCUCGAGGAACUCCCGAGGAAAGGCCUGGUGCCGCUGCCUCCGCUGCCGCGUGCUCGUAGCGGCGCGGCUGCCCUCGGCAACGGUGUGGAGCGCGAGAGGCUCCAGCAGCUGGAAAGGUGGCGGCGGCCAAGCGCCGGCACUGCCCACGCCGAGCGGCCGCCCCCCCGUCCAGUGCCCGAGGAGCUCCGGCGCACCGUGCAGUCCCUGCUGGAACGCGUGCGGCCCGACAGCCUGGAGGCCGUUUGCAAGCAGCUGGCGAGCCUCCUCUCAGAGCCGGCAGAGUUCCGCUUCCUCGCCUCUGCGCUGGUGCGUGUGGCCAUCGCCCCUGGCGGUUGCAGCGAUCGGGUUGGGACUCUGGCGGCGCUGGGGCGGAGCCUUCACCAGCGGCUCUCUGCAGCUGCGGGGGGCGGCUGCCAGGGUGGCAGUCCAGAACGCGCCGGGCUCGAUGAGCUGCUGGCGGAGGCGUGCUCGCUGGAGCUGUGGCUGCCAGCCGUGCACGCGGCGACCCCCGAUGCAGCCAGCGAGGGUGUCACGAGCGCCGCGCAGUGGGCUGCGGCACGGCGGGGGCGGACAGACUCGGUCAUGCGACUCAUCGCGGGCCUCAUCUCAGAGGGCCUGGCCCCUGCUGGCGUGGCCGGCGUGGUCGCUGCGGAGUUGCUCCUCGCGAGGGACGGUGUGUGCCUCACUGGCACACUUCCUGGAGAGGAGGACGUUCGCGCGGCCUGCGCACUCCUGCGCGCGGCUGGUGGGCUGCUGCAGCGCGAGCCCAGUGGCCCAGGGGCGCUCCGCAGACUGUGCGAGAGGCUGGUGCAAUUGCUGCGGGCGAAGAGGACCAACGGAGACGCGGUGAAUCCGACGGUGCUGGUGUACGCUGAGGGUGCCCGCCAGGAGAUGCUGCACUCCCUGCGCCUCCACGACGAGGGCUGGCCGCUCGUGGCAACUGGCGGGGGGGACCUGGCCGCAGCGGCCGGGUCAUCCUUCUGGUGGGGCGACGGGGAGCCUUCCCCACCGCUGGCUCCAGUUCCAGAGGGGCCCUCUGGCUCCGCGCUUGAAGGACGACGUCUUGCGCUCGACGCAGAAGCCACUGGCUUCAUUGGGCCGGCCGCAGAGGAGGCCGCCGCCGACGAGUGCGACGACGUGCUCGCCUCCAUCGGCAGCGCGCCCCCAGCGCGGCAGCUGGCCACGGCCUCGCGGCCGAGGCCGCGCGCGGCCACCGCGGCAUCUGCGCAGACCCCAGCGGCAGGUGUCACUUCAAGGGCCAGCAGACCGCCGCCGCCGCUCGGCGGGUCGACGCCGCCGUGGGCGAGCCUGCUGCAGAAGAUGCAGCGCGGGCAAGCCUGUCGGGGACACUCCGCCCAGCCACCCCAGCAAGCCGCCACCACCGCCAACGCGCCGCCCACCGCAGACGCUCUGGCGGCAGCGCCCGCUGCCGCCCCCAUCAGCAGCGAUCGGCCCAGCGCCCAGGACGCGGCCGCCCAGGGCGAUGGCGCGUCCCGCGGCGUGCCCUCGGAGGCAGCAGGCCUCCUCGCAGUCCCGCCCGAGCCGGCCGUCGGCCGCGGCAGGCCCCGCGACGAGGCCGAGCGCCGCGAGCCUUCUGGAGCGGCGGGGCCGCGGGCCGAAGCGACGGCCGACGGCGCCAGGGAGGGCCCCCCAGGUGGGGCCGCGCUCGAGGCGCCCGCUCUCGCUUUGCCAGAGCCCGCGGGGGCGAGGCCCGCGGGCGCAGUGGAGGCUGCAGCGCCCGCGGGCCGGUGGACGAGGCGGCACAAGGCGCGGCCAGGAGCCGCGGCCGCGGGCGGCAGGGGCGCCCUCGAAGAGGACUGGGAGGCGAUCUGUGCCUCCGUGCGGGCCGAGCUGGCAGAGGACCGGGGCCACGAGCUUGCAGAGGUCCGGUCCGCGCUCGCCCGCGCGGGCGCGGCGAGGCGGGCGGGGCAGCCGCCGGAGCCAGCGGGGUUCGGCACCUGCGCCCGGUGCGGCCACGAACCCGCCCAGUGCGGGUGCCGGUAGCGUGGUCUGCAGACGGCAUCAGGGUCACCAUCGUCAUUGCCGCCGUGGACUCGGAGAACCUGAGCUUUAUGUCGUUGCUUCUUGGAUCAUCACCACUGCCACCAGAUGCGUGCAAC